UCGCCGUGUUUUCGUCUGUGACACAACAAACUCCACCAACCGCAUUCUGUUGCAGAUCCUGCCCAGAAAAUAAUAAACUAUGCUGGUCACCGUUUUCUGUGCGCCGAGGGAUCGCCCAGAAACUACAUUUGCCCUCGACGUGUCCCCGGAACUGGAGCUGAGGGACUUUGUAGCACUUUGUGAACUAGAAUCAGGAAUCCCCGCUGGAGAAAUUCAGAUUACAUACGUAGAACAGCCCCUUAAAGACCCCACCCGUGCCUUGGGGACUUACGGUGUUAAGGAUGGUGAUGUGGUUGUACUUCGACAAGCUGACAGAAGGCCUCCACCAACCCAGCCGGCUUUUCCCGGCUUACCCCGUAUUGACUUUCGUUCCAUCACUGUCCCGGGCACCUCCUCCUCCUCUUCAUCUUCAUCCUCCUCAACUAAUCAACGUGCUCCUACAAGGCCGCAGCAGCAGGCUCCUCAACUGCAGCAGCAGCAGCGCGCCGCACAGCCUUCCACACCAAUGACCUUUCGUGGCCCCGCCCCUCAGGGCCUGGACAACCCUGCCUUACUUCAGCAGAUGCUACUAUCCAAUCCACAUGAGCUCUCGCUCCUAAAGGAGAGGAACCCUCCGCUAGCUGAGGCCCUUUUGAGCGGAGAUUUAGAGCGUUUCACCAAAGUGCUGCAGGAGCAACAGCAGGAUCGAGCCAAAAGGGAACAAGAGAGAAUCAAACUUCUGACUGCGGAUCCUUUUGAUUUGGAAGCUCAGGCGAAGAUUGAGGAGGAAAUCAGGCAGCACAACGUGGAAGAGAACAUGACAAUUGCAAUGGAGGAAGCCCCAGAAAGCUUUGGGCAGGUGGUCAUGCUGUACAUUAACUGCAGAGUCAACGGCCACCCUGUGAAAGCUUUUGUUGACUCAGGAGCCCAGAUGACCAUCAUGAGCCAAGCGUGUGCAGAGCGCUGUAACAUUAUGCGACUGGUGGAUCGGCGAUGGGCCGGGAUCGCCAAAGGAGUGGGCACUCAGAAGAUCAUUGGCAGGGUUCAUUUGGCUCAGGUCCAGAUAGAGGGAGACUUUCUUCCAUGUUCUUUCUCAAUUUUGGAGGACCAGCCAAUGGACAUGCUGCUAGGCUUGGACAUGCUGAAGAGACACCAGUGCUCGAUCGACCUGAAGAAGAACCUGCUUGUAAUCGGAACAACAGGCACUGAAACGCGCUUCCUGUCUGAGGCGGAGUUGCCGGACUGCGCUCGACUGGCGUACGGCGCAGAAGGGCACGAAAACGCUCGUCCAGAUGAGAUUGCGGACAGAGAACUGGCAGAGGCGCUUCAGAGAUCCGUUCAGGAAAGCGGACAGCAUUGAUGCAUUUGGAGACAGCUGAAGAGGGCCCAACCAACCAGACACUGCAGAAGGACAAACUACCUCGCCGCAGCCCCCACCUUUUACAUUACCCAAACAUUUAGACCA